CAAAAGCAAUAAUUUUUCAAGUUAUUAUUAGAUGGUAGGAAUAUAUGGUGCAGUUGCCCUUGAUAAAAUAAGAACAGCCAUAAAAGGCAAAUUCAAAAAGCCAACAACAUAUGCUCAUCUUUAGUCUGCGGGGUUCCAAAACUGCACAAGUUACUCAAGAUGGGUGAUGUCAAGCUUGCUGUCUUGGGUAGCAAAGGUACAGGAAAAUCAGCUCUUACAGUGAGGUUUCUAACCAAGCGGUUCAUUGGGGAAUAUGCUUCUAAUUUUGAAUCUAUCUAUAAUAAGCAUCUGUGCUUGGAAGGGAAACAAUUGAAUCUGGAAAUAUAUGACUCAUGUUCUCAACCACAGAGAGCAAAAUUCUCCCUGACGGGUGAGCUGCACUGGGCAGAUGGCUUUGUGAUUGUGUACGACAUCAGCGACAGGCCUUCCUUUGCUUUUGCAAAGGGCCUGAUUUACAGAAUUCGGGAGCCACCGACUACUCCCUGUAGAAGGGUGGUGGAACCAGCUGUGGUUUUAGUUGGCAACAAGCAAGACCUCUGCCACGUACGAGAGGUUGGCUGGGAAGAAGGGCAAGAGCUAGCGAUAGAUUUCCACUGCCAAUUCUGUGAACUGUCUGCGGCAGAGCAGUCCCUGGAGGUCGAGGUGACGUUUCUCAGACUCAUCAAAGACAUUCUGAUGAUCUUCAAACACAAGGAGAAGAGGAGACCCAGUGGGUCUAAAUCAGUGGCCAAACUGAUCAGUAAUGUGUUUGGAAAGAGAAGGAAAUCUGUUUAGUAGACAUGUAAUCCAGGGCACUUGGUACAUCAGAGAGUUUCAAACACUUAAAUGACAAUUAAACCUAUGAUUUAUAUAAU